GCGGCGCUGAGGCGGCCCCGGCCCGGCCGCGGAGCCCCCGGGACCCCCGGCCAUGGAGGGCAUGGACGUGGACCUGGACGCGGAGCUCAUGCAGAAGUUCAGCUGCCUCGGCACCACCGACAAGGACGUGCUGAUCGGCGAGUUCCAGCGCCUGCUCGGCUUCCAGCUCAGCCCCGCCGGCUGCGCCUUCUUCCUCGACAUGACCAACUGGAAUCUACAAGCUGCCAUUGGAGCCUACUAUGAUUUUGAGAGUCCAAAUAUCAAUGUCCCCUCCAUGUCAUUUGUGGAAGAUGUCACCAUAGGUGAAGGAGAGUCCAUCCCUCCUGAUACCCAGUUUACAAAAACAUGGAGGAUACAGAAUACAGGGACGGAGGCGUGGCCCCCAGGGGUUUGCCUGAAGUAUGUUGGUGGAGACCAGUUUGGGCACGUGAACAUGGUGAUGGUGAGGUCCCUGGAGCCGCAGGAGAUGGCUGAUGUCAGCGUGCAGAUGUGCAGCCCCAGCACCGCCGGAAUGUAUCAGGGACAGUGGCGGAUGUGCACUGCCACGGGACUCUACUACGGAGAUGUCAUCUGGGUGAUCCUCAGCGUGGAAGUUGGAGGACUUCUGGGUGUCACACAGCAGCUGUCAUCCUUUGAAACAGAGUUCAACACGCAGCCGCAUCGCAAGGUAGAAGGAAACUUUAACCCAUUCGCCUCUCCACAGAAGAACAGGCAACCAGAUGAAAACAACCUAAAAGACCCUGGGGGUUCCGAGCUAGGCACAAUCAGCAAAAACACAUGGGGGCCUGCUCCUGACCAAAUCGAACAAGAUCAGAAUGGACUGUCACAAAACUCUGUAAAUCUCUCCCCCAGCAGUCACUCGAACAACUUGUCGGUAGUGACGUACAGUAAGGGUUUCCACGGUCCUUAUCACUUCGGACAGUCUUAAAACACAAAAACACAAAACGGGUAUCGACAAGAGGAGAAUUUAAGAAAAA